AUGUCAGGAGCCUGGCUGGCCCUGACUUUCUGCAUGCUGAAAGAUCGGCCAGGAGCAGAAAAAGACAUCGAGGCACUGGAAAAGAUGUAUAAAGCUCUGCAGUUUGAGAACACACUGAUCAAGGAUCCUGCAGCGCAAGAUUUCCAGGAGGUGCUAGUGACGUUUCGAGAUGACCUGGAUGCCCGAGAAUGUCCAAUCAGUUGCUGCUUCAUUGUCCUCAUGGUCCACGGCAGCACUGGGUUAGUGAAGGGAGCCGAGGGACGGCACAUGAAGCUGGAGAAGCUGUUCACAGAGAUGACCAAUGAGACCUGCCGAGCCCUGCGGGGCAAACCCAAAGUCUUCAUCAUCCAGGCCUGCCGUGGCAGUGAGCGGUGGACCAACAGACUGGAGAACUUCGGCUAA